UAAUAUUUCUUUUGCAUGCGCCGCUCGUCUCUGUGGUCGUGUGCGCUCCAGCUCCGAGCGCCGAAGUGGAUUUAAACUGGACCUCGGCGGCGCCGGAGCAGCCCGCGCCUUGAACCGCUCAACAAGUUGUUUUAUUUUGUCGAAGCGGAGGUUUGGAUUCGUCCGAGCGCACCUCGCCUCGGAGCGGCUUGUUUCACUGAAGUGUGGCGCCGAUGUGUGUGCUUCGGAAGAGGGAAGGACACCGCCGUCUCCCUGUGGUCUGGGCACAAUGUCAUUGUAAAGUCGCCAGAAGUGGGAGUAAUGGCAGCGGCUGCUCGUGAGCCGACGGGAGGUUUCGUGCGUCAGGCUCUGAGCACCUGACCAACUUCCCCCCGGCUUCGUUUCGGGAGAGUCGCCCUCGCUGUGCCGUGGAGCCACCGGGGUCUCCUCCGGCUGUCUGAGCGCCUCAGUCACGGGUGGGCAACAUCCCGGCGCGCCUUCCAUUCCGCUCGGACAACCGGGAGCGACAUCCAGGGAUCCAGUGGAAAACAUCGGCUUGAUCCGUGACUUGUUUCUCGGCCGAAUUCUUGUUCUAACGUGUGCGUGUUUUUGUGGUUGAGGACAGUGUGCGUGUCAGGGUGGAUCAGUGCGCCUCGGAGUGUGAGCGCCGGAUGAUGUGCGUCCCUUCUGUCCAGUAACCACCGGUCCCUCCUGAUCGAGGAUCAAGUGUCCUUGUCAUCCAUCCGCCGGUGGAUGUUCCUCACUCUGCCACCUUACAUCUCACCCCCCCUCCCCCCUCCCCCCUUACAUAAGGAUAUAUGGUGAAAACUGCUGAAAGCGGGUGAGGAGCCCGGACAUAUAGGCUACACAUCACCCAACACCAGCGGCCAAUGAGCGGCGAGCUCCGUUAUCUACAAAAGACCGGGAAUCCGGUGCCAGUAUGACCGGCGUCGGAGCGUUGAGGGCGGCUGUGGAGAGGAGAGGGAGGGCCUCGGGCGGAGAGCAGCGUUUCAAGGACGAGGAAGGAGGAAUGUUACAGACACAUCAGUGAGGACGAGCCAGACUCCUGGAGCUCGGAGGGAGUGAAGCUGCUGGCGUCACUGGGGCCGGCUGGAGGAUUUCAUGUCUACAUGGGACUUGUUCCAAGGGCACCGAGGUAAGGGGGGCCACAUCGGCGGGGAGAGGGCGGAGGUGUGAGCCGUGUGUCGGCUCCACAAGAAUGAGCUGAGAGCCUCCUCACUUUAUCCUCCACUGACACUGACACUCACCUGAUCUAACAGGUGCUAUACUAAAGAGUGUUUUAACUGAGGGGGAGGGAGGUACAGGUCAUAACCACCCUGCCCUCACCCUCCUCCUCCGCCCUGAGCUGGGAUGGAUGGGGUGGCUGGAGGUGCGGGGACACCCGGCAGCGCCCCGGGGUCGGGGGGGGACAGCCUGCCCAGACGUAACGGAGGGGAGUCGAAGCGGCGCAGUAAGAGCAGCCUGCCCUCUCCGGGCUACCGGCUGUCGCAGGCCUCGCUGGAGGGGGAGAGGGUCUCCUUCGGGGCAGACAACACUUCCACAGGUGGACGCGGUCGUCGUCUCUCCAUCAUGAGCUCCUCCACCCGGGACGGCCUUCCCUUCCGCACCGCGGGCACACCAACCACCCCGGUGCCCCUGCCGCCUCCGCCGCGCUCAGUGGGCUUCGCCGCGUCCCGCGCCGCCCUCGCCUCCACCUCCUCCACCGGGACCGGAGUCAUGGUGGUGGCCACCGGGCAAGAGACCACCACCACCACGACCUGCAACACCACCGCAGCAGGGACCCCCGAGAUGAUGGGUCAGUCCGGACUGGGCAUGUUCGGCCUGGGCCUGGACGGAGAGGACUACAUGAACUCCAACCAGAACACCUUCAUCCAGAGGCAGUUUGGAGCCAUGCUCCAGCCCGGGGUCAACAAGUUCAGCCUGCGCAUGUUUGGAUCCCACAAGGCGGUGGCACUGGAGCAGGAGAGGCUGAAAUCAGCAGGGACAUGGAUCAUACACCCCUACAGUGACUUCAGAUUCUACUGGGACCUGUUAAUGUUAAUGUUGAUGAUGGGGAACCUGAUCGUCCUGCCGGUGGGCAUCACUUUCUUUAGAGACGAGAACACUGCCUCGUGGAUCAUCUUCAACGUGGUCUCCGACACCCUCUUCAUGGUCGACUUGGUUCUCAACUUUAGGACGGGCAUCGUCAAGGAAGACAGCACGGAAAUAUUGCUGGACCCCAGGGCCAUUCGCCAGAAAUACCUGAAGAGCUGGUUCCUCGUGGACUUUGUGUCGUCCAUCCCGGUGGACUACAUCUUCCUGAUGGUGGACAGUCUGGAGUCUGAGGUCUACAGGACAGCCAGGGCACUGCGCAUCGUUCGUUUCACCAAAAUCCUGAGCCUGCUUCGGCUGCUCCGCCUGUCCAGACUCAUCCGCUACAUCCACCAAUGGGAGGAGAUCUUCCAUAUGACCUAUGACCUUGCCAGUGCCAUGGUCAGGAUUGUGAACCUGAUCGGUAUGAUGCUGCUGCUGUGCCACUGGGACGGCUGUCUCCAGUUCCUGGUCCCCAUGCUGCAGGACUUCCCUCCUGACUGCUGGGUUUCCAAGAACCUGAUGGUGAACGACACAUGGGGCGUGCAGUACUCCUAUGCUCUUUUCAAAGCCAUGAGCCACAUGUUGUGCAUCGGUUACGGUGCACAGGCUCCAGAGGGGAUGACUGAUGUGUGGCUCACCAUGCUCAGUAUGAUCGUCGGCGCCACCUGCUACGCCAUGUUCAUAGGCCACGCCACCGCCCUCAUCCAGUCGCUGGACUCCUCGCGACGACAGUAUCAGGAGAAGUACAAGCAGGUGGAGCAGUACAUGUCAUUCCAUAAGCUUCCUGCAGAUGUUCGGCAGAAGAUCCAUGAGUACUACGAGCACCGCUUCCAGGGGAAAAUGUUUGAUGAGGAGAACAUCCUGGGAGAACUCAGCGAGCCACUCAAAGAGGAGAUUGUCAGCUUUAACUGCCGUAGCCUGGUGGCUAACAUGCCCCUGUUCGCCAACGCUGAUCCCAACUUUGUGACCGCCGUGCUGACCAAGCUCCGCUUUGAAGUGUUUCAGCCGUCGGACUUCAUCAUCCGCGAGGGCACAGUGGGACGGAAGAUGUACUUCAUCCAACACGGGCGAGUCAGUGUGCUGACCCGUGGCAACAAUGAAACCAAGCUGAGUGAUGGGUCGUACUUUGGAGAGAUCUGUUUGUUGACUCAUGGACGGAGGACAGCGAGCGUCCGGGCAGAUACGUACUGUCGUCUGUACUCUCUCAGCGUGGACAACUUUAACGAGGUGCUGGAGGAACAUCCAAUGAUGCGACGUGCCUUCGAAACUGUGGCUGUUGACCGUCUGGACCGUAUUGGCAGGAAGAACUCCAUGCUCCUGCGGAAGUCAUCCCAGGCUGGUUCACUGGGGGGCAGCAUGGGUCGUGGUGGAGGCCGAGGUGGAGGGGGUCCCGGAUCGGGGGGAGGGCUUGCAGCUUGCGGUCUGGGUUCCUGUGACAGCAUGCUGGUACAGCAGAUUGUCAAACAUGACAGCAUGCCGGCCAUGCAGGACGCCAUCGCCGCAGCUGCUGCAGGAAGAAGCGGAGUCAUGGGAGGAAGCGGCACAGUGUCUCCUCGGCCACGCCCAGUAAUCUGGGCGCCGCUGGUCCAUGCACCCCUGCAGACUGCAGCUGCCACCACUAAUGUAGCCAUCGCCCUCAUGCACCAACAGCAGCAACAGCAGCACCAGCUCCAUCAGUUGCAGCAGCAUGCACUCGGAGGAGCUUUCUUCCUGCCUUCCCCUCUUGUCUCCCCCUCUCCCUCCUCUUCGUUUCCCCUGUCACCGCCUCGUGCUCCUGUGUUGCAGCCCCUCCGCCCCUCUGUGAGCUCCCUCAUAGGGAUGAUGACGAUGGGAGGAAUGGGUGGUUUGUCCCCAAGAGGGGGAUUUCCUGCCUCCCCCUCAACCAUGGGCCCUCUUGGUGGGAUGACAUCACCACCUAUUGCCAAAACACCACCCACUCCAGCUUCUUCUGUCCCAACGUCUGUCCAACAAGGACGGACUCUUCAUUACAGCCUCCGUCUCCAGGCUGAUCAUCCUUCAAUGAUAGCUGGACCCCAAACAGGAGGAGGACCACCAACUCCACCCCUCCACAAGGUGCCGGCCACCAACCCAGCAGCUGCUCCUAGCGCCCCAGCAGAUGGCAACAGUUCUGUGACAGGUCAGCAGGGAGCGAAAGAAGCUCUGUUACGUCAUGGAGGAAACAGCUGCCAGGGUCUUCCGGCACUGGGCAGACUCACCCAGGAAGCCAGGCUGCUGUCCGCCUCGCAGCCCACCCUGCCUCACCGCUCGUGGGUUGGGGUGCAGCCACACCCACCUCUCCACCGGAAGGCCUCUGGUGGUAAUUUGUUGGCAGCUCCUUUCCUGGCAGGGCAGUUAGCCAGGGGAGGAAGUGCAGGCAUGCUGACCUCCAACGCUCCAGUACAGCUGGCAACAAACAUACCGUUUAAUGCACAAACACAAGCACAGGCUACAGGUCCCAUUCAGUCCAUUCUUCCACAGACUACCACUCCAAACACGGGCAAGUACGCACAAUCUUCACCUCACACUGCCUCUGUACCCGCCCCCACCACUGCACACAUGCCUUCUCCGGCUUCUAUGCCAUCUCCCUCCCCUCCGAAGCAAACCCCACUCUCCUCUGCCACCCCUUCACCUGCACCCACCCCUUCGUCUCCCACCCCCAUCCUCUCCCAAACAGCCCGCCCGAAACCAAUCCCGAUGCCCCCCUCUCGCUCCUCCUCUCCCCCUCCCUGCUCCACUCCGCCCUCAGCUGGAACAAGCCCGUUGUCGCUGUCCUCGACUCCUCGUCCCAAACUCCUCCCUACACCUCCCCCCCGCUCCUCCUCUCCUUCCCCCUCCUCUACGCCGCCUCCAUCCUCUGUCUCCACCCCUGUUUCACUACCUCACCCUUUUGGGCCCAAAUUAUCACUUACCUCCUCUCCCCCUCCCUCCUCCUUAGUCGCCUCCUCUCCGCCGCCUCCCCAGAACCCCAGAGCCAAGACAUCCAACACACCUCCUUCUGCUUCUCUGUUGUCUGGCCUCAGCCCUGCCCCAACCCCAAUCCCGUCUCCAAUCCCAACCCCCACUCAGAGUACCCACUCCCGCUCCUCUAUCACAUCCCAAACUCCAACGCAAACCAUCACACCGGUCACUCCGACCCAGACCUUUACCCCUACACCCUCUCCAACCCUUGCUACAUCAGUGCCCUCCCUGAGUAAAGGGAGUCCAAACACUUGUCUCCAGACCUCCGUCUCCAGCUCAGUUAGGUGCCCCACUUCGAGCCAGAUCCCAAAACAGGCCAAAACAGGCCAAACUCCAGCUCCUGCCUCAACACCUGCUUGCACCACUUCUACUAAAGUAACAUUCUCAGUUCAUCCUGUAAAGCAAACCCCUCCUGUCCUCUCCUCAAGCCCGAGCUCAGGCUCUGCUUGCUCCACAACCACAUCGACAACCUCAUCCUCUGCAACUUUACGCCCAAACCCCAGCUCCAUUUACCCCUCCUCUCUGACAACCACCUCUCCAAAUGUCCCACCUGCCUCGUCUUAUACCCCAAAACAAAUACCAACCAGCUCAGCUGCCACUGCCCACUCCUCAGAACUCAACACGCCCUUUACCCCCGCUCAGACCUCUCGGGCAUCUACCACUUCACCCACCCAAUCAGCAAAUGCAGCCACCACUGCCAACACCACCUCCCCUAAAGGUGGGAAAAAUGACUCUCAACUAGAACUCACCAGAAAAGACUCAGAGGGACUCAGACACAAACUGCCCCCCAACGUGUAAGAAAGAAAGAUGGUGGACUUUAAAUGAUGUGGCCAGUCAAACUUUGGGUAUACAGAGUUGUGUCAGAGUUGACAUCACAAUGAUCUCCCAUGGACAUCUUGUAUGCAUUCACUCUAGGGUGUGAUUGUGUUAGAACAUCAGGUGUUUAUGUGACACUCAGCCAAGCCAUCGAUGGAGGAGAAAGACUUAAUGCGGUGCACUGACGGGUACGGGCUGAGGUAUAGUUUGAAAAAAAACAAAACACAUACAAAUGUACACAUACAUAUCCGUGUUAGUGAAUGUUGGAGCAGGCAGGGGAGCUGAAGUGGAAAUAUCGCAGCAUACACAGUAAAACAGAGUGCAAGCAAUAGCUGAUGUGAAAACAAUGAUAACAGCAAUAUAUGAGAAACAUUUGCGACUCGAAUAAUGAAACAGGAAAUGACACUGACAAUAAUAAAAAACGAGAGAACGGCUCUCUGCUGUGAGGAAGAAUGUGUAUUGUGAUCUCAAGACGCAGGCAAUAGAGCAGGCACUUCCUGAUUUCCAGCUCCCUCUUGCCUCCCAUUCUUCACCAAAGUGUAAUAUUUUCUCAUCAGAAUAAUAAUAAUUAUUAUUACAAGGAUAUAGCAUUUUAAAAGAAUCGCUGCAAAGUCAAUGCUCAUGAGUUUGAGUAAUUAGGAGCCGUCCACUGGUAGUUUUGUUGUCCCAGGUGUGUGGUGUUUAGUUUUAUGACGAAACUUUUAACCCUACAUGUUCACUCUGACCACUUGUGAUUCGUGUUUUUUUGUGUGUGUGUGUGACACACGAUACUGCUCUGCUGUGCACUGUGAUUCACUGGAUUUAGUUCCACCCGUCUGCCUGUACUGUAAAUACGUGCCUCUCUGUGGGUCUGUUGUAUACUCCUUCAUUUCUCUGCCUCUUUGUCGCUCACCUCUCAUCCUUCUCGCCGCCUUUCAUCAGAUUUCACAGCUCCGGUCGCUAAGGCUUUCUUUGACGCUCACAGACUCUCUCUCUCCCUCUCACUCGGCUUGCCCGACACUUGGCUCUCCGCUGCCAUCAGCCUCAUGCUCAAUUGGCGGCCUCCUCCUUCUGUCGCCAGUUUCAGUGCCAUUUCCAGUGAUGUUUGAUGUUUUGUGUGGGUAGCAACAAGGCAUUUCUCUCUUAAUCCCUGAUACCAUGUUGCCUAGACUAUAUAUUAAGGACCAAAUGUUUUAUUUUUUAUUUAUCACAGCUUUAGCUUUUGAACAGGAAAAAAAUAGCUAAUAAUGCUGACUUUGAUGAUGAUGAUGAUGAUGAUGAUGAUGAUGAUAUCCCUAACAACCAUGAUGGUGAUGUUGAUGAAGAUGGUGUAUAUCUGGAUGUAAGAAUAAAGUGGAUUUAGAUAU